AUGCAACUUCAAAUAAAGACACUUUCAAACGAAAAAUUUACAAUUGAAUGUGAAUUAACUGAUACGGUAAAAACAAUAAAAGAAAAGAUCGCAGCAAAAGAUCUUAAAGAUAAAUAUGAGGCUGAUGCAGUAAAAUUAAUUUUUUCGGGAAAAAUUCUCGAAGAUUCGAAAACACUUGAAUCUUAUUCAAUAAAUCAAGAAAGUUUUCUUGUUGUUGUCAAACAAGCAACACCUAAAGCUACACCAUCAUCUGCAAGUUCCAGUGCACCAAGCAAUCCUACUCCACCUCCAAGUUCACAAACUCGCCCAUCGAAUGUUGCAGCACCAGCUCCAAGUUCAGCUUCACAACCACAACAACAACAACCAACACGGCCAGCUCCACCAACUGGUAAUGCACCAGCUGCUUCACAAGAUUCAUUUUUAUCAGCUGAAGCUCGUGAAAAAGCUUUAAGCGAAUUGACUGAUAUGGGUUUUGAACGCGCACAAGCUGAAUUAGCAUUACGCGCAAGUUUUUAUCAUGUAGAACGUGCUGCUGAAUAUUUAAUAACAGGUCACAUUCCUAAUGUUCAUGAAGGACAAACAUCAAGUCAAGAAGGCGGAUCAGGACAAACACCUAGUGGCUCAGAAAGUUCAGCUGGCGGUCGACGAGCUGGCGGAGUAGAAGACUUAUCUGAAUUGAGUCAAAAUCCACAAUUUCAAGCAUUACGUCAAUUAAUUCAACAAAAUCCUGAACAACUUCAAACACUUAUGCAAACAUUACAAGCAAAUCAACCAGAACUCUAUCAAUUAAUUGAACAACGACCACAAGAAUUUCUUGAAUUAUUAAAUCAAGCUGAGGAAGGUGACGAAGGUGCUGAUGAUGAUGAUCCAUUACAAGGUGGUCUUGGUGCCGGAGGUGCUGGUGGUCAAGGUCCUCCAGGAACAGUUACAAUCACAUUAUCACCACAAGAUCAACAAGCAAUAAAUAGAUUACAAGAUAUGGGCUUCGAACGCAAUCGUGUUAUUGAAGCAUUUCUUGCUUGUGAUCGCAAUGAAGAAUUGGCAGCUAAUUAUCUCUUAAGCAGUUUCGAUUAA